CGUGUAUCAAAAAAGAAAAGAAAAUCAAUGUCCUUAUUAAAAAAUAAAUCCCCAUGUUUAAUUGGGGGAUUUGACUAAAUAAAGCUGCAGAGUACAGCGUUGCUUGGGGAGAAAGCUGCUACUCACACAAGUACCUCCCAAAAUCUCGUCUUUUACCCACAAUAUCUUCUCUUCAAUCGUCUCCGAGCUCUCUAUCGCAAGACUGCGUUUUUGUUUUUUUUUUCCUCAAAAUUUCUCACUCGAAGCUUUCAAUGCCAGCGCCGGAGGAAGAAGAGCCGAUAUUCGGCUGGAACAGCACCGGUGGACGAAAUCUCCGCCGGAAAAAGCUUCUCGUCGGUGAUAAAAUAGAGGUAAGGAGUCUUGAGGAAGGGUUUCUGGGUUCUUGGUAUUUAGGAACUGUUACUUCAGCGAGAAAGCGACGUCGGCGUUCUAUCAGAUAUGAUAACAUUCUGUCUGAUGAUGGUACUGAUUCCCUUGUGGAAACUGUUGAUGUUUCGGAUGUAGUAGAAGGGUUGGAUGAUUGCACUGAUGUUUCUGAUACUUUCCGUGGACGUUUAAGACCUGUGCCGCCAACGCUGCAAUUUGGUAAGUCGAACCUUGCGUAUGGGCUUUGCGUUGAUGUGUUUUUCAGUGAAGCUUGGUGGGAAGGUGUGCUCUUUGACCACGAAAAUGGUUCUGAGAAAAGGCGGGUGUUUUUCCCUGAUUUGGGUGAUGAAUUGGAUGCUGAUCUUCAAUCUUUACGUAUUACUCAGGAUUGGAAUGAGGCUACAGAGACGUGGGAGUGUCGUGGGAGAUGGUUGUUUCUUGAUUUGAUUGAGAAAUAUAAGGAAGAUAACUAUCUCCCGGUUUCGGUAAGGCAACUUUGGUAUGACAUACGGGACAGGAUUGGUUUUGUAAGAAUCCAAGAAUGGACUUGCUCUACUAGGCAUUUAUGGGAAGAUUUGAUGCUAGAGGUGAUUGAAGAUAAUCUUAGAAUCACCAUUCACCAGUUUCUUCAUGAUUAUGACGCUGAAAUAUACCCUCAGUUGAAGCUCUUAAAUGAAGCUUCUAAGGCGGUUUAUGAGACCAAUGCUUGUCUCAGCAGUGUGCUAGCGAUUGCUCCACAAGAACAACAAUUUUCCUGCAUUGACAAAGAUUAUAAACCGGCAAGCCAGAGAUGCCAGUCCUUGUCUGUCUUGACUUCUGCUUCUGGCAUAAGGUCAGAUGCGAGUUACAUCAAUAAGGCAACAGAAACUUCCAGCAAAAAAUCUACUGCCGCUCAUAAAAAGAUGAUACUACACAAGAAACCUGGAAUCUGGCAUCCUUUCGAUUGUCUUGCUAAAUCAGGCCCACAAGCUGUGUCGAGCUUUAUCAGGUCACCGUUACCGCCAAUGGCCAUGCGUGUCAGGAUGCAUCUUAAGUAUAUGGGAUGGACCAUAGAACAUAUGGUAGACGAAGCUGGAAGGCAAAGGUUUCGCUACCUCUCACCAAAUGGAAGACUAACAGAGCAUUCUCUUCGUCAAGUAUGUUUCAGAUUGAAACAACGUGAUGAAUCCCUGACUACUCCGGGGAUGGCUAACCCUCCUUCUCUGUCUUGUGAAAACCAGACGUAUAACACCCAGGAAAUAAGGUGUAUUGUUUUGGCAUUGCCUGCCUGUAAUAGAAGUGUCGCUCUUGGUGAAGGAAUGAAGCCGUCUACUGAUACCUUGCUUGAGUAUGAAACUCAAGGAAACGAGGAGGUCUUCACGAGGGAAAGCCGCAAUUUCUGUCCCAGAAAUGCCUUCCCGGGUCAGAAAAAGACACUCCAUGUUAGGCUCGAGCCAAAAACAAAAGCUCAAGGCAUCAUCCUAAGGUUGAAAAGUAAGCGUAAACAGAAACCUAAGAAGGACGAAGUGAUUGUAGGUUUGCAGAAUGUCAAUCUGAGCAUGAGAAGGGGGCACACUUCAAGAAGGUUAAUGGAUAUUAAGAAUCGAGUAACUGGUCGUAGUAAAACCCAUGUGUUAAGAUCAAGCAAAAGAGUGCAACGGGUAAUAACUCCCAUCUCAAGACAUCACAGUCCACGUAGUAUUCUUUCCUGGCUCAUUGACAACAAUGUGAUUCUACCAAGGGAAAAUAUACGAUACCGUAACCAAAAGGAUGACACUGUGAUAAAAGAGGGGAAACUAACCCGUGAGGGUAUAAAAUGCAGUUGUUGCCGUAGAAUUUUCACCAUAAGUGGCUUUGAAGUUCAUGCUAAUGGUGGAUCCUGCAGAGCAGCAGCCAAUAUCUUCCUGGAUGAUGGAAGAUCUCUUUUGGAAUGCCAAGUAGAAGCCUAUGAAACAAGAAAGAAAGCACAACCACCUGAUAUUCUGAAGAUGAAAUUGCGUCAAGGGGAGAACGAUGUAAUUUGCUCUGUUUGUCACUAUGGCGGUAAACUGAUUCUCUGUGAUGGAUGUCCAUCUGCCUUCCAUGCAAAUUGUCUCGGGCUGGAGGAAGUUCCAGAUGGUGACUGGUUCUGCGAGUCAUGUUGUUGUGGUGCAUGUGGACAAUUCUUUCUCAAGGCUACUAGCAAAUAUGCCAAGGAGGAAAAGUUUAUCAGUUGCAAGCAAUGCGAACUUAAAUAUCACCCUAGUUGUCUGCGCUAUGAUGGUGCCGGUGAUUCAUUGGAUACAUUCUUGGGAGAAAAGUGGUUUUGCAGCAAGGACUGUGAAGAGAUAUUUGUAAAUCUCUGUGAGCUUAUUGGAAAACCGAGAGAGGUGGGCGUGGAGAAAUUAACUUGGAGACUGGUGCAGUCCUUUGAACCAAAUAUGUAUGGGGAUGACGCUUAUAAAAUUGAGGCUGUGGCAGAAAAUCACUGCAAACUCAGUGUUGCCCUUGAUGUGAUGCAUGAACUUUUCGAGCCUGUAAAAAGACCUCAUGGUGGAAGAGAUCUUGCUGAAGAUGUUAUUUUUAGCAGAUGGUCAAAAUUCAAACGUUUGAAUUUCAGUGGAUUUUACACAGUACUUCUAGAAAGGAACGAAGAACUGGUUACUGUGGCUACUGUCAGAAUUUUGGGGAAAAAGGUUGCAGAAAUGCCCUUUAUCGGUACUAGAUUCCAGCAUCGCCAGCGUGGGAUGUGCCGGGUUUUGAUUAAUGAACUCGAAAAGGUGCUCAUUGACUUGGGAGUUGAGAGGCUGGUCCUGCCUGCAGUUCCAUGCGUGCUGAACACAUGGAUCAACUCAUUUGGAUUUACAAAGAUGACAAUCUCCGAAAGAAAAGAAUUUCUUAAAUUUACCUUGUUGGAAUUCGGACGAACAAUAUUGUGCCAGAAGAUCUUAAUCAAGAGCAGCGUGGUAGAUCCAAUUCCAAGUACAGGUUAG